CGUCACUCUAUGUCUACUGUCAUAUCAACUGUCAUCAGAAAUGAAGCUCCUCUCGAUCUCAUCCGCCUACCUGGCUGUCCUCAUGGCCCUACUCGUCUCCGCCCAAACCCCAAAUAUCCAGCAGGCCUGCUACAGCGACUCGGGCAGCUUCAAAAUCCAAAGUAAAUUCGAGUACCAAAGCCCAGGAUAUUGCACCCGGGAGUGUACAAAGCAGGGAGCAAAGUACAUGGCCCUGCACGAUCACUCGGAAUGCUGGUGCGGUAAUUCUGAGCCGGAUAAGAAGUACCUCGAAUCGGACGACAAAUGCAACGCCAGGUGUUCCGGAUGGCCCGAGGCUUACUGUGGUGCCGAGGAUGCGUGGUCUGUUCAGCAAAUUAGCGCCACUGCAGAGGAGGUGACCGAGUCUGAUUCGACUUCUACCUCGUCUGCCAGUGGUAGCGCUACGGGCUCUUCCAGUAGCCUGUUGACCCCUACCCCUUGGUCGAAUGGCACGGCGUCUGCUACCAAGUCAGCGACAGCGUCGCGAAGCGCCUCGUCCGCUAGUGCGACUCCUACAACUUCGACUUCGGCUGCGACUCGGCGGUUUAAGCUUCCCUUUUUCCUUUGAGGAGCGGUGGGAUACUCCGAGAGGUUUUGCUCGAAGUAUAGAUCAUUGUAUUGAUGGGGCUGGCCAAGCCUGAGUUUCCUUGGAUCGGAUGUAAUAUAUCACACACCUAGAGUGUUGAAGCCUCCUUUUCUUGUUAGUCAUGGCGUAUCAUUCAUUCUCAAUAUAUACUGUCCAUAUUUGAGCUUUGUGCUAGAGAAUACAUAAGUAAAUUCUACAUUUCAAGGCACC